CAGAGUCACACCUUCCUCAGCCACAGAAGCAAAUAAUGCUCCUGGGAGCAGCUGCUGUUGUCUUCCUGGUUUGCAUUGCUUGCCUGCUCUCCUUUGCAGCAUGGAGAGGGAGGUCUGGAAAGGGGAAGAUGCCUCCAGGACCGUCUCCCCUUCCCAUCUUAGGAAACGUGCUUCAGGUGAAACCAAAGAACUUGGCCAAAACCCUCCAGAAGCUCAGUGAAGAGUAUGGACCAGUGUUCACGGUGCACCUGGGCUUUGACCCAGUGGUGGUGCUGUAUGGACAUGAUGUGGUGAAAGAAGCCUUGGUUGAUCGUGGGGAUGAGUUUGCUGCAAGAGGACAGAUGCCAAUAGGAGACAGGACUAACAACGGAUUAGGGAUUGUUUUUAGCAACAACGAGGAGUGGUUACAAGUCCGGCGGUUUGCUCUCAGCACUCUGCGCAACUUUGGAAUGGGGAAGAGAAGUGUUGAAGAGAGGAUCCAGGAGGAAGCUGAGUACUUGCUGGAAGAGAUCAACAAAACAAAGGGAACACCUUUUGACCCAACCUUCAUGCUGAGCUGUGCUGUCUCCAAUGUCAUAUGCUCCAUCGUCUUUGGAAAACGGUACGACUAUAAAGACAAGAAGUUCCUGGCCCUGAUGAACAACAUGAACAACAUCUUUGAGAUGAUGAACUCCCUCUGGGGACAGCUGUACCAGAUGUUCCCAAAGAUCCUGGAUCACUUGCCUGGCCCACACAACAACAUAUUUGCGGAAUUUGAUUCUCUAAAAGACUUUGUGUCAGAGGAGGUGAAGACACACCAAGCCUCCCUAGAUCCUAGCUCCCCUCAGGAUUUCAUUGACUGCUUCCUUAGCAAAAUGGAGGAGGAGAAAGAGCAUCCCAAUUCCAGUUUCCACUUGAAGAAUGUGAUAACCAGCACCUUUGACUUGUUCCUUGCUGGAACCGAGACAACCAGCACCACCAUAAGAUACGGGCUUCUGCUUCUUCUCAGAUAUCCAAAGAUACAAGAGAAAGUUCAAGAAGAGAUCGACCGGGUAGUAGGACAAUCACGAAGACCUUGUGUGGCUGACCGGGCCCAGAUGCCCUACACAGAUGCGGUGGUCCAUGAAAUCCAGCGCUUCAUCUCCCUCAUCCCCCUGGGCCUCCCCCACACUGUGGCCAAAGACACCUGCUUCAGAGAGUACAUCAUUCCCAAGGGCACCACAAUCUUCCCCAUCCUCAGUUCCGUCCUCCAUGACAGUAAAGAGUUUCCAAACCCUGACGAGUUCAAUCCCGGACAUUUCUUGAAUGAGAAUGGCACCUUUAGGAAGAGCGAGUUCUUCAUGCCCUUCUCAGCAGGGAAGCGAAUAUGCCCUGGAGAGGGCCUGGCACGCAUGGAGAUAUUCUUACUCGUGGCCACCAUCUUGCAGAACUUUACCUUGAAGCCUGUCAUUGACCCCCAAGACCUCAACAUAACCCCAACCCUGAGUGGGACAGGCAACGUACCUCCUGCCUACCAGCUCUGUGCUGUGCCCCGCUGAAAAGCACAAACCCACGCUCCACGGCGUCCCGAGUCCAGCUACUCCUUUUCAUCUCCCUCGCUACAGCCAGCGGCAGGAGCACUGGCUUCCCAAGGCUGCCAGGAAGGCAGCCCAAACACAGGUAUGCACAGACACCUACGAAGCCUCCCAGAACUGCUGUGCACCCAUCGCAGGGAGACCCUGGGCGCCAUCGCACCAGUGCUCUGUCCGCGGGCGCAGGGAGCGCAGCGGCUGCGUCAGACAGCCAACCUGCUCCCAGGCACGGCUCCUGCAGCUGCCCAUGACCUGCUCCUCCCGCAGCACGUACGCCACCACCAGCAGCACGCUGUGCAGAUGGUCAGUGUUGUGUGUGUGUAUGUUAAUGACCCAAUAAAGAAAAAACUAUUUGUGA